CCGGAGCAGGCUUGGCGCCGCCCCUUCGCGCCUCCCGAGGCCUGCUGGCCCUCGGCGGCCCCCGUAGCCCAACCCGGAAGUGUCGCCAUGGAGCCGCCCGGCGGGCCCGGAAGCAGCCGUUAGCGCCCAGCACAAGCGCACCGCCAGGCACCCGGAACACGGCUUCCCCGCCGCGAUGGCGCUGCCCACCAUCCCUUCCUUCUGGAGCAGCCGCUGCAGGACGGUGGAGCAGCAGAUUGCCCGGCACCGGGAGCAAGAGGCCCGCUUCCGGCAGAAGUGGGAGCUGAACAGCCGCUACUUCCAGCAGUCGGGCGUCUACAGCUCGAAGCAGGCCCAGUGGAACUCCCGCCAGUCCUACCAGCAAAGCAUGGAGGCCUAUCGCCGCGAGAAGCAGAAGGAAGAGAAGCAGAGCAGCCUGGAGCAGAGGCGCCGGCGGCUGCAGAAGCUGCUGCUGGAGGAGCGCGAGAUGCUGGCGGAGGAGCUGCGGGAGCUGCGGCUGAGCAAGGAGGCGGGCCUGAGCCCGAUGAGGGAGAAGAGCGAAGCCCUGAAGUCCGCCAGGGAGGAGCGCAGGAAGCAGGUUGCUGAGGAGCUUCUGCACGAGUGCUGGAAAAACAACAGCGCCAAGCUCCGCCAGGUUGGCUCUGACCUGCACAAGCAGCACGUGGUGGAGGCCUGGGGGGACCAGCUGGUGCAGAAGAAACAGCAAGAAGCCGCGGAACGGGAGGAGAAGAUCCGUGUGGAAAACCAAUACGAGGCCGCCCGGAGGGAAGCCCUGGAGAGGAUGGAGGUGGCGGCGGAAAAGCGGAAGCAGGAGGAGAAGCAGCAGGCCGACUUCCUGUGGCAGCAGAUGGAGGAGCUCAAGUUGCGGGAGGUGGAGGCCACAAAGCUGAAGGAAGAAGAAGCGAAGUUGCGGAAGCAGCACUGGGAGCUGGAAGCGCUGGAGGCGGAGAGGAAGCAGCAGGAGCAGGCGCGGAAGAAGAGGGAACUGGGACGCUUCCUGAAACACCAGUAUCACGGCCAGUUGAGGAGACGGGCUCAGCAGGUCCAGGAAGAGCUGGAGCAGGACAGGCAAAUCCUCCUGGCCCUAUCGGAGGAGGCGGAAGCGGAGGACCAGCGCCUCCACACUCUCCGGCGGGAGCAAGCUGUGGCUGCCGUGGCCUGGAUGAAGGAGGUCCUUGAGAAGCAGCUGCAGCUGGAAAGAGAGAGGGAGGCCGAGCUGGAGACCGUCUUCAGGGAAGAAGCCAAACAGGUGUGGGCCAAGCGAGAAGAGGAGUGGGCGAGAGAGCGGAAAGCGCGAGACCGGCUCAUGGCAGAGGUCCUGGCAGAGCGGGCGGGCCAGAUCCAGGAGAAGAUGGAGCGGAACAGGCAGGCCCAGGAGGAAUCGGUCCAGUGCCGGGAGCAGCUGAUUCAGGAGCUGGAAGAGGCGAAGCAGCUGACCCAGCGGGAGACGGAGGAGCAGGCCGUGCUGAAGACUGCCCGCAAGGCGGAGCUGGAGGCCCAGCUCACAGAGUGGCAGCGGCAGCAGCAGCAGGAGAGGGAGCAGCUGCAGGAGGAGGAGGCGGCUGCCAGGUGGGCAGAGCAGCACCACGAGGAGCAGGAGCAGCUGGAGGCCAGGCGGAUGGCGGAGCGGGGCUAUCGCCACCAGAACUACAGUUAUCCCAGGACAGCUUGGACCUAAAGGGCAGCAGGGGCACUGCCUUCCUGUCCAGAGGGAUUGGCGUCUAGUGGGUGCAUCCGGCUGGGGUUGCCCUGAAAACCAAGAAUCCAGCUUUGUGCUGAGGUCCCUGGAAGACUGCGUCUCCCCCGAGUUACAGGCCGGCGGUCUGGCCAUCAGCCUCUUCCCAACAAGCCAGGCUGGCUCGACCCUUUGCCCCCAGCAGCAGGCACAGAAAUGGCACGCAGGAGCUCCGAGAGGGACAAAUCCACCCCACCACGUCCCUCCGGGAGAGCAGGCAGGGCAGCGAGAGCAUCUUGCGGGGGGGGGGUGGGGGGUGGG